AUGACGGCAUGCUACAAGGCGCUCCAUGACUCGCUGGGCAAACUCUCGAAUCAAAAGGGAUUUGGCAGCUGCCGGUUUCUCCGGUUCCUCUCGCUCGACGGCACCUAUCUGAACUACCUCGCUGAAGACUGCACUCUGUCGCCAAACUGCAUCAAGCUCAUCACGACGGGCUUUUUGAACGAAAACCUCCUUGGCUGCAACGUGACCGACGGAGACACCAACUACACAAUGGCCAUCUCGGACUUUGGUCCGACCUGUUUGUCCCCAACAAAGCUCAGUGCGUUGACGACGCCGCCGACGACCAUGCCUCGUCCUGCGACGACCAGUGCGCCCAAUACGACGGCCGUGGCAACGACCGCGCGGCCACUAUCGACGACGGCGACGUCGACCACCGAGGUGGUCAAGCCCAACGCCACCAACGUGACGAGCUUUGCAGCGCCGUCGGGACCAACCAUGAAGGCUACGUGGUCGCUUCUCGUCUGUCUAGCGCUGCUCUUGGUGUAGGGAAUGUAUCUUAGAUACAUGAAACAUAAAUGAAAGACAUUUUGAUACAACCCCAAA